UCCCUCCUCCUCAAGUUUUUGGAAUAAUUUCAGCAGGAUUGGCACCAGCUCUUCUUUAUAUGUCUGGUAGAAUUUGGCUGUGAAUCCAUCUGGUCCAGGGCCUUUUCUGGUUGGGGCUCCAUGGUUCCUAGAGGCAAGGAAGAAGAGCCACCAGCCAAAUAGGGUUCAGCACCUCCAACUCCAACAUCUUCAAAGCAGCAACGGGGAAGAAAAAUAAUCCUUCCGACAACAUAUAUUCAGACACAUAUGGUCAGCCUCAUGAAGCUCUGGAUACCCAUGCUCAUGACAUUCUUCUGUAUGGUGCUACUGUCUGUGCUGGGAGAAAUGAGGAAGAAAAGAUAUGACAGGAAGGAAUUGUUACUUGAAGAAUGCUGGGGAAAGCCAAAUGUCAAAGAAUGUACUAAUAAGUGUUCUAAAGCCUUUAGAUGUAAAGACAAAAAUUACACAUGCUGCUGGACCUAUUGUGGAAACAUCUGCUGGAUAAAUGUCGUGAGUUGGGAGCUGUUUGCUUGGGUGUAUAUCUUCACUGAUUCUCAUUCCCUUCUCGGAGGCUGUUAUUCCUAAACAGAAGACUGAGGUACCCCAAAUUCUAGGUACAAAAAUAACAGAAGACGAUGUCCCUUUAACUUGGAAAGCAAUUCACUGGCGAGUAAAUCAAGACACCAGCUUAGACCCCAUUGUUUCUUUCAUUAUAUAAUCAAUACCUGUCUGUGUUGUCUUCUUUGUAUUACACCAUAGUUUGCUAUUUUUCCUAAAUUUGUCCAGAUUUCUAACCACUGCUUCCAUAGUCAGACUUUCCCAUGGGCCAUUUGGCUCAGCCAGGCCCAAAGUCUCCACCUUUUUUUGUUCAGUAGACCAAUACCUCACCUACUCAGAAGUGGACAACUCCUGUUGUUAUGUUAAAGUAUUCUUGUCCCAUUGUCUGGUGAACAUGGAUACUAUUAAGCAGGGGGAAUGAAUGCUUGUUUCUCAGAGUUCUCUAGCCUCUAAAAAUCUAACCUUUUUGU